AAAAACAUACUAAUCAUUUAUUAAAACAACCUAGUGUAUUUCUGAAAAACAAAACAAAACAAAAUACAACAACAUUAAACUGAGUAGCUCAGCUUUCUAUAACUUAAAAAAAAAAAAACCAGCUGGAAAACCCACAAAGUUAGUGACGUAUCUUCUUGGAUGUCUCAAUCAGGAAUCAGAGUUUUUCAUGGGAGGUGGCAGGACAUGGGCUUUAUACACACUUCUGGAAUGCAAGAAUGAAGGAGGAGUGGAGGCUCAAAGUCCGCCUCAAGAAUGCAGGCACCAAGUCAGGUUAAAAAGUGAAGUCAGCAUAGUGGCAGGAAUUAGGUACUGGCUGUAACCAUCAAGUCUAGGUGAUAAUCCUGAGGUAAAAACAGGUCAAAUUUCCUCCUUCAUCAAUCAAGACAAGAGAUCCUCCUGAUAGAGACGAAACCUUUAUGUAUCUCUCCCCCUCUCCCCCUGGGCAAGUGCCCUGUGCAGUUAAAAAUACUGAAGAGACAAUGAAAAAAAGUUUCAGAGCAAACUCUGCCUUGGUUACUAAGCAAGCUCAAUUUUCAAUCUUCUGCAUAUUGUGAUGUUGGUGACUCCAGAUUUGAGCUGAGGGAGCAUAAGGCUUCCUUUGCUGGGUGGGGAGUCAGAGAAGACUCUUAAAACAGUCUAUUAGCUAUUGUAUUUGGCCUAAAACGGAGUCAUCAACUGUUCAUGUGGAGUGAGUUUGGUUAGUUUGUAUCGUUGACUCUGAAAACAGAAGAAAAGGGGUUCAAAUGUCUGGCUGUGGUAACGGGAACCUCUGAGGAGCAAAGGAAGAAAUUUGGGGCUCCCCGCCCCAAACUACAGCGUGGGUUGCAAUCUCCCCUUUGUAAGACGCAGGGUGCUGUUGAAGAAAUACAGGAGCCAGCUAUUGGAGGUUCAUCUGCCUUCCUGCACCAGUGCUUUCUGUACCUCAGCCCAGGUUAGCCCCCAAAGCACAUCUGGCUAAGGUGGAGCUAAUGCUGAAGCGCACCUUUGCCAUCUCCUUUCUUCUCGGAGCAUCUUUUAGAAGAUUUUUGAAGACGGACAUCCAUGCUUUUGUUGGCACCAGGAAGUUGGUGACACGUACAUCUCAGAUAAGUCCUGCUCACCAAAGAUGCUCUCAGGUCGUAGGGCCUGCCAGCGAGUGUGCGCAGACACAGGGCACAAACGGGGGUUAGGAGGAGGGGGUGUCGGAAAGCCAGAACCGACUCCUUCAUUACCCCGCGCUCAAGGUACUCGGCGGGGCGGUACUUCCUGACCCCGGAAGAGAAAGUUGUUUUGGGGAAGGGGAGCAAGAAAAAAAAAAGCACGGUGAGUAAAAUGAAAACUCCGAAGUUGUUCUGCUCCUUCUGGCCUUCGGUCCCUGCCCUCCUUAGGAGCUUUUUGGGGCGCGGCUCCCUCCAGAAUCGCACACUGUGCGACUCCCCGCGGAGGAGAGGACCGCAGGAGCACCGUCUCCCGACCCUCCCGGGAGCCGGGUCUCCAGGAAAACCCGGAGCGGAGCAUCCCCGGCCGGGACACGCCCUCUGCGUGCCGCCGAGUGCGCAUGCCCAGUGCGCGGCGGCCGCGAGUAGGAAGCGGAGCGCGGCGGAGGGGGCGGUGGGAGGGGACGCUCGCGACUGUGGCGAAGGCGCGGGACGCGGCGAGGGUUCCCGCGGCUUCCUCAGAACGUUCGGGACGGUGGAGUCCUUGCGAGGCGCGAGCGAGCUUGGAGCCAGCAACGAGCUUGGAGCGGGCGGCGGGCGGGGAGCAGCGGGGCGGCCGGGCGGAGCGGGCUCCGAGCCCCGGGCUCCGCGGCUCGGCGGGACACGGCUCUGGUGGUGGAGGCGGCGAUGUUCCACUGCAUUCCCCUGUGGCGGUGCAACCGUCAUGUGGAGGCCAUCGACAAGCGCCACUGCUCGCUGGUCUACGUCCCCGAGGAGAUCUACCGCUAUGCCCGCAGCCUGGAGGAGCUGCUGCUGGACGCCAACCAGCUCCGGGAGCUCCCCGAGAUAUACCUGAAAUUCCAGAAAGCAUCGCCUUCUGUAAAGCGCUGCAGGUAGCUGACUUCAGCGGAAACCCACUCACCAGGUUGCCUGAGAGCUUUCCUGAACUACAGAACUUAACGUGUCUUUCUGUAAAUGACAUCUCGCUGCAGUCUCUGCCAGAGAAUAUUGGAAAUCUCUAUAACCUGGCUUCACUGGAACUGAGAGAGAAUCUUCUUACAUAUCUUCCUGACUCUCUUACCCAACUAAGGAGACUAGAAGAACUUGAUUUAGGAAACAAUGAAAUCUACAAUUUGCCAGAAUCAAUUGGGGCACUCCUACAUCUGAAGGAUCUCUGGUUGGAUGGAAAUCAGCUGUCUGAAUUACCUCAGGAAAUCGGCAAUCUGAAGAACCUCCUCUGCCUAGAUGUCUCUGAAAACAGGCUGGAGAGACUUCCUGAAGAGAUCAGCGGCCUGACUUCUUUGACAUACUUAGUCAUUUCCCAGAACUUGCUAGAAACAAUUCCUGAGGGCAUUGGAAAACUAAAGAAGCUGUCAAUCUUGAAGUUGGAUCAGAACAGACUCACACAGUUGCCCGAAGCAAUUGGGGAUUGUGAAAAUCUCACGGAGUUAGUUCUUACAGAAAACCGGCUCCUGACUUUACCUAAGAGCAUUGGAAAACUUAAGAAGUUGAGCAACUUGAAUGCAGACAGGAAUAAAUUAGUGUCAUUGCCAAAAGAGAUUGGCGGGUGCUGCAGCCUCACCAUGUUCUGCAUCCGGGACAACAGACUGACUCGGUUACCUGCAGAGGUGUCACAGGCCGUGGAACUUCAUGUCCUCGACGUGGCAGGGAACAGGUUACAUCAUCUGCCCUUAUCGCUGACCACCCUGAAGUUGAAGGCCCUGUGGUUAUCUGACAACCAGUCGCAGCCUCUCCUCACGUUCCAGACAGACAUAGACCGAGCCACCGGGGAGAAGAUUUUAACGUGUGUCUUACUUCCUCAGAUGCCUUCUGAACCCAUCUGCCAAGAGAGCCUGCCGCGUUGCGGUGCCCUGGAGAGUCUGGUAACUGACAUGUCUGAGGAAGCCUGGAAUGACCGCUCGGUCCACAGAGUUAGUGCAAUCCGGUUUUUGGAAGACGAGAAGGACGAAGAUGAAAACGAAACGAGAACACUUCAGAGGCGAGCCACUCCACACCCAGGGGAAUUAAAGAACAUGAAAAAGACGGUGGAGAAUUUACGGAACGACAUGAAUGCCGCCAAAGGACUGGAUUCAAACAAAAACGAGGUCAACCACGCCGCUGAGCGCGUGACCACAUCGGUGUAGCAUUGACCUCCGAGUUUUACCUGCUGUGUCUUCCCUGCUGUAGAGAUGUUCCUGUGCACCUGAGGAGCCUCCUGCCUGCCGUCCUUGCGUCCACCAUCCCUCUGCCAGGAUGCUGCUCUUGCACCAAGUGCCUUCUGCAUCCCUCAGUCCAUCCGCGUACCAGUAGCCUCCCGUCCUAAUUCUGUUCAAUAUCAGUUGUUCCUAAUAAGUAGAAUACACUACUGUCAACACCUGACCUUCGUUUUUGUCUUGUGUUGGGGUUAGAGAGAGCAGGAAGGGGGUUCUGACCCUCUUCCCUCCACUGAGUGCUGGACAUUCGGAACCCAAGUUCUUAUGGACCUACGGAGGAGAGAGAGAAAGCUUUAUGUAUGGGGGAAAAAAAGAUACUUUUUUAUCCUUUCUUGGCAGCUCAGAUGGUGUAAAUUUUAAAAUUUUGUAUAGGUAUUUCAUAACAAAAAAUUAUGUAUUUCUUUGUUAUUUUAUCUUGAAGACGGUACAUAUUUUCGUAUUUGUGCAGAAAAACAAAUUAGGCCUAAAGUAUUGGUUUUUACCUGUACCAUCCACUCCGUGCCUUACUGUAUCCUGUCCUGUCACAGCGGCUGCAAACAGUGGCAUCCUUGAGCAGCAAGAUGGGCGCCUGGGUGUGGUCUUGUUAAAUCGGUGUCGCACAUUUUAAUCGGUAAUCUGCUGGCUUGUUUGUUAACCAGAACGAUGAAUUUAUCAGUGAUUUGUAAGUUUCAUCAAGUGAUUUCUUCGACAAGAUGAACCAAAGGAUUAGCCUCGCGCUACGUCAUUGCAUCCGCUCCCCCUCGUCCUGACUCAGCUCGGGUGUGUGCAGCAUCAGGCUGUGCCUGCUCCAGAGGCAUGGGCCACCUGGGUAACAGCACACAGCAGAAAAGCACAGAGAGAAAAACAACUGGUCCAGAAAUUCAGUGGAUCCAUGACUUACGUGUCACAGAAGAAUGACUGUUGCCGAAGGAAGCUUAAAAAUUCUAUAUCCAGAUAAAAGACCACAAUAAAGCAAAAGUCACCUAUACCGUAAUAGAAAUGUUGCUAUCUCUAUACAAGUGCACUUUGAUCUGUAAAUAGUUCUAAUCAAAGCAUAACAAAACACUGCUUCAAGAUUUACUUUUAAAUCUAAUUUAAGGGGUGUUUUUACUGUGUUUUUGUCGUUUCCUUUUUACGUGUGCUGUGAUGAAAGAGAAAAAUGCAGAGUGCCAGUCACUGUGGUGUCUGGGGGAAAUCACCGGGGUUCAGGGGAGGGGAUUUCCCCGUGAAAUAAACUCAUCAUGGACACUGGC